AUGCUGGAGCGCGCCCCGGUGUCGGCGCCGGCUCGGCUACUGCAGCACGCGCCGAGCGCUCCCGCGUUGCUGACGGAGGCGUCUCUGCACGCUGGCCGCCGCAUCUCUACACGCUGGCCGCCGCCGCCUCAUCUCUGCCCGCUGGCCAGCCAUGUCUCCUUCCAAUCCCGGGAAGGAAUUCAGGGACCUGGUGAUCAGGAGCAGCGUGCUCGCCACGCUCGCCGCCAUCUUCCACUUCAGGGGCACCAAGCCGAGCUACCUUGGUGUGGAGAAGAGCUCAUGUACAAGUAUUUAUUAGGGAGAGAUUUGUUGAGAUUUCAGUAUUUCAUAAUCAGGGAACGAAAUAAAUUCCCACUUACACGUAUAUGA